UCCGGGGUGAUUCACACAGGGAGCUGGCAUGGCUGCUGUGCUCUUUGGCUUUGAGGAUCUGCUCUACAGUUGGGACAGCCUGGUGUGGAGCCUGACAUCCCGGGCUCUGAGGACUUGCCGCUUUGGAAACCUGAGGGUCCUGCAGCUCAUGCUGAAGCCAUGGUGCAUUUCCAGAGACGUUUAUCAGAUGACGGAGGGUCGCAGAUGCCAAGUGCACCUCCUUGACGACAGGAAGCUGGAGCUCCUCGUUCAGCCAAAGCUUUUGGCCAAGGAGUUGCUUGACUUGGUGGCAUCUCAUUUCAACCUGAAGGAGAAGGAGUACUUUGGAAUUGCAUUCACAGAUGAAACGGGACACUUGAACUGGCUUCAGCUGGACCGACGAGUGCUGGAACAUGACUUCCCCAAAAAGUCAGGACCGGUUGUUUUGUACUUUUGUGUCAGGUUCUACAUUGAAAGCAUCUCCUAUCUGAAGGACAAUGCCACCAUCGAGCUGUUUUUCUUGAACGCCAAGUCCUGCAUCUACAAGGAACUCAUUGAGGUUGACAGUGAGGUGGUGUUUGAACUGGCUGCGUACAUCUUGCAGGAGGCAAAGGGAGAUUUUUCAAGCAAUGAAGUUGUAAGGAAUGAAUUAAAGAAGCUGCCAGCCCUUCCGACGCCGGCGCUGAAGGAGCAUCCUUCCCUCGCUUACUGUGAGGAUCGAGUCAUUGAACAUUACAAGAAACUAAAUGGUCAGACAAGAGGUCAAGCAAUUGUGAAUUACAUGAGCAUUGUAGAAUCCCUCCCAACAUAUGGAGUGCAUUAUUAUGCAGUAAAGGACAAGCAGGGAAUUCCAUGGUGGUUAGGACUUAGCUACAAGGGGAUUUUUCAAUAUGACUACCAUGACAAAGUGAAACCAAGAAAGAUCUUUCAAUGGAGGCAGCUGGAGAACCUCUAUUUCCGCGAGAAGAAGUUCUCGGUGGAGGUGCACGAUCCGCGCAGGGCAUCUGUGACCAGGAGGACUUUUGGGCAUAGUGGCAUCGCUGUGCAUACGUGGUACGCCUGUCCAGCACUAAUAAAGUCUAUCUGGGCUAUGGCCAUUAGUCAACACCAGUUCUACCUGGACAGGAAGCAAAGCAAGUCCAAGAUUCAUGCUGCAAGAAGCCUGAGUGAGAUUGCGAUUGACCUGACCGAAACUGGAACGCUCAAGACCUCGAAGCUGGCCAACAUGGGGAGUAAAGGCAAAAUUAUCAGCGGCAGCAGCGGGAGUCUUCUGUCAUCAGGUUCCCAAGAGUCAGAUAGUUCUCAGUCUGCCAAGAAAGACAUGCUGGCUGCACUGAAAUCCAGGCAAGAAGCUUUGGAAGAGACACUGCGCCAACGCUUGGAAGAGCUAAAGAAGCUGUGCCUGCGUGAAGCGGAGCUCACAGGAAAGCUGCCACGAGAAUACCCCCUGGAUCCUGGGGAGGAGCCACCUAUUGUGAGGAGAAGAAUAGGAACUGCCUUUAAACUGGAUGAGCAGAAAAUCCUGCCUAAAGGAGAGGAGGCAGAGCUGGAGCGACUGGAGAGGGAAUUUGCCAUUCAGUCCCAGAUCACGGAGGCUGCCCGGCGCCUGGCGAGCGACCCAAACGUCAGCAAGAAGCUGAAGAAGCAGAGGAAGACAUCCUAUCUGAAUGCACUGAAGAAGCUGCAGGAGAUCGAGAAUGCCAUCAACGAGUAUCGCAUCAAAUCAGGAAAGAAGCCAACCCAGAGGGCCUCUCUGAUCAUAGAUGAAGGAAACAUUGCCAGUGAAGACAGCUCCCUCUCAGAUGCCCUUGUUCUUGAGGAUGAGGAUUCUCAGGUCACCAGCACAAUCUCCCCUCUCCAGUCCCCACACAAAGGACUCCCUCCCCGGCCGCCGUUGCACAACCGGCCUCCUCCUCCGCAGUCGCUGGAAGGGCUCCGCCAGAUGCAUUAUCACCGCAACGACUAUGACAAGUCCCCCAUCAAACCCAAGAUGUGGAGUGAGUCAUCCUUGGAUGAGCCCUAUGAGAAGGUCAAGAAACGCUCCUCGCACAGCCAUUCCAGCAGUCACAAGCGGUUCCCCAGCACUGGGAGCUGUGCUGAGGCAGGAGGGAGCAGCUCUCUGCAGAACAGCCCCAUCCGGAGCCUUCCCCACUGGAACUCCCAGUCCAGCAUGCCGUCGACACCGGAUCUACGGGUACGCAGUCCACACUACGUCCACUCCACACGGUCAGUAGACAUCAGCCCAACCAGACUGCACAGCUUAGCUCAGCACUUUAGGCACCGGAGCUCCAGUUUGGAGUCACAAGGAAAGCUCCUCGGCUCACUUGUGCCCUCUCCUCACUGGUUGUUUUUCUCCACCCUUGGUUGUUUUCCAGCUGCCUUACCUCACAGCCAGAGGAGUUCCACGCCGUCGAGUGAACUUGCAGCCACACCGCCGGGCAGUCCCCACCACAUUCUCACGUGGCAGACUGGGAACUACAAUGAUAGCUGUUUCCUGGAUUCUCCCCUCUAUCCAGAAUUAGCAGAUGUCCAGUGGUAUGGGCAGGAAAAAGCCAAGCCUGGGACUCUAGUGUGAACCCCUGACCUCAAGUUAAUCACAUCAAUGCCAUUCUGAGAUCACCUCACUGCCUCUCAUUUGCCUUACCCAGAUGCACUGUCACCCAGCACCAGCUUCAACUCUAAGCACUUUUCUCACGAUGCAAUUCAAGGCGACAUUUAUGGAACACUGGCCCUGAGACAUCCACCGCGGCAGCGACGGAGCGCAGCACAUCCCACGGCCAGGCAGGUGCCCGUCCCUCCCACCACAGUGGGUGGAGAGGAGCAGACACCUGAACAGCCAGUUGGCAGUUUAAAAAUUGGUUUUCCUUUGAAACAAUGUAAGCCUUUCCAGGCUUACAUCAAAUCUUAGUGUUCCACGGCACGUAACAGCAGUAAGAGUUCCAUGACCUGCGAGCUGAAGCCAACAGAAUUAGUUCUAAGGGGGUGGGGAUGGGACAGAGGCUGAGAAGUGGAUACCAUACUCCUGAAAGUGCAUCUGUUCUGAAGAAACAGCAACAUCCCAUCACUGCAGAGAUGUGUCAGUGUCACAAUCAGAUCAGCACUGCCAAAAGUCACCAUGCUACCGCUUGCAGGACAAGUUUGCUCGCAAGUUUCAGCUACAAGAACAUCUCCCUCCUUUUAACUCAGUGGCAGACGCGGCCACCUCCUGUAAAAUGGCAUUUCCUUCUUUGUUUGGAGCCCACCUAUACACGAGUAAAACAACCCCCUGCGCUGCAGACACACCAGAGGUCUGGGCUGGUAUCACAGCAUCGCUGUCUAAAAGCUACUGUUAAACUGGACAAACAAGGUUUACAAAGGCAUUACCUAAAGCAGAGGCAAGUACUGCGCUCACAGCAUCUCUGUGGCUGGCACAGGGUGCCCACCAACGCACAGAGAGGUUGGGGGUUGCGAUGUUUUUUUUGAUAAAAGAUAAAAAUUGCCAAAAAAAAAAAAAAAAACAAAAACAAAAACGCCUUUCUGCAAACAGAUACAGCCGAUAAAUUCAAAUCGAUUUCUGCACAAAGCGUCAAGGUGAAGUCAAAGGGAAAGCACAUCGCAGUCGAAUCGACACGGUAGAGCUGCAUCAACAUAUCGGUUCCACUCAUCUUCCCUUCGUUAGCACCCGUGUAGCAAAGGGCUCGUCACCCGUGUGCUGCUGUGUGGGAGAACCGGUCUGUCGGGAAACAGGAAGGCUCCGCGGCGGAGUGGGGUUGGACAACCAGCAGACAGGCAAAUCUUCCCACUGCGAGACCACAAGGAAGAGAAGCGACUGAGGGAGGCGUUGGACACGAGCGAGAGCUGCCUGCUGAUACCAAAAGGAAUCGCACGAGCGCGUCAUGGAAGGAGCCGCAAGUUUACACAUACUUUUGAGCAAUGCUUUAUACAUGUCAAGCCAUGGAACUUUAAAAGGCCUCAAAGACACUUUUGUAAUGAACAAGUGCACAAUCUAGGUGGAUGUUGAAGCUGGCACGUCUAGUCUUCACUGCGGUGCUAUGCUGUUUUUAUUGCCACUCGAUGGGGGGAGGCGCCCGGCCUUCCCCCGUUUGUGCGUGCAAACGAUGAUUUCCUAUGGGAAAGGCAUUAAAAGAAACGGCUGGAGGGGGUUACUUUGUGAAAAGCAGAAACUGAAGUUAGCUUUAGUUUAAGGAAAAAGGAAAAAAAAAAAAAGUGUGAGUGUGUAUGUGUGUGUUAAGAGUGUAUGUGUGUGUUAAGAGUGUGUGUGUGUGUGUGUGUGUGUGUUCCAAGAAUAACAACAGCAUCUACCAGACAAAGUAGGGCGAAACGUUUCAAAUUAAACACAGCGACUUGGGGGGCUGCCACACCUUUUGGUAUUAAAAUUGCUGGAAAACUGCAUUCCAGGCUUUAAAAGAGAAGGGUUCUACAUAAUUAGGCUUUGAAAAACAAUGGGGUUUCUAAACAUUAAUACCUUUCUGCAGCUCACACCAGAAAUGUUGGCUUCGGUUCCCUGCGCUGCUGCCUCGCAUGGCUGGUAAGGCAGGGGGGUGGCCUUGCAGAGAUGAGACAGUGACAGGCAGAAGGGCUGUUUAUUUGUCCAGGGAAAUCCAUGGCAGAGUCAGGAUUGGAUGAGGCAAAAGCCCAAGCUGGAUGGGGCUCUGAGCAACCUGGUCUAGUGGAAGGUGUCCCUGCCCAUGGCAGGGGGUUGGAACGAGAUGAGCUUUAAUGUCCCUUCCAACCCAAACCAUUCUAUGAUAAGGAGACCCUUUCAUGUUCAUACAUGAAACAUAAAUGAAUUACUCCUAUGAAAAAAAAAAACCAAAAAACACUGGCCAGGGGUUUUCAAAGGUGGCCAUGCAAACCUUGUGCUUCUGGGCCUCCUUGAAGCAUCACCCUGGGAGUGUGACACCCUGUGACAGUAAUUGAAGCCUUGUGCCCAAUUCUGGAAGAACAGCCAGGGAUGAGAUUGCACCCUUUAUCUGGACAUGCAAAAUGCUGUUUUCACCAUCUCUUUGUGCUUUGGGGUCUUUAACAUGGGAAUUAUUUCAAGCUCCUAAUUGGAUUUUUAGCUGGAUAAGAGAUAGUACUGAUUAAUGACAUUUGCUGAUAAGAUUUGGAAGCUAAAGUGAAAGGAUUAAAUAAGGACCAAAUUAAGCAGCAGCAAGUAAUUUAGCCCAAGGAUUUUUAGGGGCUCUGAGCAACUGUCUGUUUUCUUUUUAAUUUCCCUGGUAAGUGGUUUGGGUUGGUUUUUUUUUUAAUGUGUACCUUCUUUUAAUUAAAAAGAAUUCAACAACAGCGGCACUAUGAGGCCUCUGGGCACUACAGGAAGAAACAUUAAUUCCUCCAAGACCAGCUCUGCAGUUUUGCAGCAAAGGUUAAAAGGUGGCAGCCCUGAAAUUGGGGGGGGGGAGGAAAAAAAAAAUGUUUAGCCUGAAUUGCAAACAGGCUGGAGUGGAGAAAAAGCUUUCUAGAAACGGAUUGAGUUUUGCUUUGUGUUCUGCUUUUCUGGUUUGCAAUCAAGGCACACGUGAGCAGCCAGUCUGGUAGUAAAGACAGAUUAAGUAAAACAGGUUUUACUGUUUAGCUCAAUUCAAUUAAACACAAAUGUACAUAAAAUGUUAAUCAUAUGAGAUUAACAUAUUUAAGUAUAACACGGAGGGGUAUAUACAUAGCUAUUAUAGACAAGCACUUGACUACCAACUUAACCCCUCCUUUACUUUUUUUUUAUUUUUCAAGGCUCCAUCUGCCAUAAAGCCACAACCGCGUUCUUCGUCUCCGUUGUCUGACGCUCCCUCUGUGUGGGCAGGAGCCAGUGGACAGUCCAUGCACUGGGCUGUGCUGGAGGCAGGGUUUAUUUUUAAAUGGUAUUAUAUGCAGUCGAGUGUUGAAAAUGUUGAAACAGUCCAAUUUGUUUUCACUCUGUAUUAGUUUUAGUUUCAGGCAUAGCCAAUCCCCAUUCAGGUGCUAUCAGAUGACCAGUUACUGCUUAGUUAACUAGAUGUAAAGUUUUACAUAUAUAUUAAUGUCAAUAGUUUUAUUACAGGUUGUGUAAAAUGGACUCUCUAGUUUAAAAAAAAAAAGAAAAAAAAAAAGAAGAAAAAAAAAAUUAGGUCUCUCCUGAAAUUGAACUUUAGAGCAUGGAAAAUGAUUUUACUGGAUUCUGUUCAACUGUAAUCAAGGAAAAAAAAAUAUGUAUGUUGUAGAAAAAGUCGCAGAAUUAAAAAAGAUCUGCUUUUAAUUUAUUCUUUUUGUAUUAAGAAUUUGUAUAGUUACCUUUACAUUUUGCAAAACGGUGUUGUCAACACUUCCUUAUUAAAGCAUUUUCAAAAUGAAA